AUGGUCAUGUCUAUGCUUUUCCGAACAAUAGCUGCUAGCUCUCGCACGCUCGCCCAGGCCAUCGCCCCUGGAUCACUCAUCAUCGUGGCUCUCAUGAUCUACUCUGAAUUUUCACUACCAAAACCUUAUAUCCUGGGUUGGUCUGAAUGGAUUUUCUAUCUGGAUCCUCUGUCUUACGCAUUCGAGAGCAUGAUGGUGAAUGAGUUCAGCAACCGAAACUUCCCGUGUUCGCAGUACGUUCCUUUUGGUGGGGCUUACGAUCAGAUUACUGGUGAGCAAAGGGUCUGCUCGGCUGUUGGAUCUCGUCCUGGACUUCCUUUCGUGGUGGGAGAUGACUUCAUUGAAUCCUCGUAUCAUUAUUUCCGCUCCCAUAAAUGGCGAAAUAUCGGCAUUCUUUUCGCUUACAUGAUUGGUCUGGGGGCAACUUAUCUUCUUGCGACUGAAUAUAUCACCGAGAAAAAGUCCAAGGGAGAGGUUCUCCUGUUCCGUCGUGGCGCAAUCCCGAAGAGUGCAGCUGCCAAGUCAACUGACGAGGAAUCUACAUUGACCCUUUUCAAGAAACAGAGUGAUGCGGAAGUCAACCAGGGGCCAAAGGUUGCUAAACAGACAGCUAUUUUUCACUGGGAAGACGUGUGCUAUGACAUAAAGAUCAAAAGCGAGGAACGUCGGAUUUUGGACCAAGUCGAUGGCUGGGUCAAGCCUGGAACCUUGACAGCUCUCAUGGGAGUCUCUGGUGCAGGAAAGACCACCCUGCUUGAUGUUCUUGCCAGUCGGAUAACAAUGGGUGUGAUAUCUGGUGGCAUUUUCGUCGAUGGUCAACAGCGGGAUGAUUCAUUCCAGCGCAAAACAGGCUACGUCCAACAACAAGACCUUCAUCUGUCAACAUCAACAGUCCGGAAAGCUCUCAACUUCAGCGCUCUAUUACGGCAGCCUCGAGACGUACCAAAACAGGAGAAGCUCCGCUACGUCGACGAAGUGAUCGAGCUCUUGGACAUGGAACUCUACGCUGACGCUAUCGUUGGAGUUCCUGGCGAAGGACUGAACGUCGAGCAGAGAAAAUGUCUUACAAUCGGAGUCGAACUUGCAGCUAAACCUCAACUUCUUUUGUUCCUCGAUGAGCCAACCUCAGGUCUUGACAGUCAAACAUCGUGGAUUAUCUGUGACUUAAUGGAGAAACUGAAGAACAGCGGCCAGGCCAUUCUUUGCACCAUCCAUCAGCCUUCGGCUAUGCUUUUUCAACACUUUGAUCGAUUACUGUUCCUCGCUAAGGGCGGAAAGACGGUGUAUUUUGGCGACAUCGGGACGAACUCGAAGACCUUGCAGGAUUAUUUUGAGCGAAAUGGUGCGCCGCAAUGCCCACCUGCAGCGAACCCAGCUGAAUGGAUGUUGGAAAUCAUUGGUGCCGCUCCGGGAUCCAGCACCGAGAUCGACUGGCCAGAAACUUGGCCAGAAACUUAG